AUGGACCCCUUCACAAUCCUCAAGCAACUUGCCUACACAGGAAAAGCUUUCAAGGAAAAUGAGCCUGGUUCACGAGAAGCACUCAUUACACAAAGCCGCGCGCUUAUAGCCGCACUUGAACUCCCAAGCGAAUUCAUUCAGCACACUUUCUGGGCAGAGCCCGCCCAGUCUGCAAUAUUACGGCUCGCUGUAGAUGUGCGUCUAUUCCAACACCUCAAAGAAGCACCUCCAAAGGGUCUCAGCCCGGUAGCUCUAUCCAAGAAAACAGGCGUGGAAGUCGAUCUGCUAGUACGUCUAUCACGGCAUUUAGUCGCCAUGAACAUACUUGCCUUUCACUCGGGUACGUUCCAUGGCACAGCUCUGAGCAACAGCCUCGCGGUGGAACGAUACCAGGAUAGUAUAUUACAUUGCUAUAACGCCAUGCGGCCAGCGCUCAACGAGAUCCCGGCUUACUUUAAGAAAGUCGCAUACCGGUCUCCAACUUCGGGCGGUACUGACGGAAUCUUCCAGGACGCUCAUGGGACGGACCUGGGAUUUUUUGACUGGAUUGUCGCCACGCCGCCGCAGCUGCGGCAUUUUUAUUCGUUUAUGAGUACCUACCAUACUGGGAAGAGUUGGUUUGAGGAGGGGUUUUAUCCUGUUUCCCAGCGGCUGAUCUGUGGGUUUGAUGUAGAGGUCGGCGAUGCUUUGCUGGUCGAUGUUGGUGGUGGACGGGGUCAUGACGUUGCUGCUUUUGUGGGAGUUUAUGGAAAUCUGCCUGGGAAGGUUGUGCUUCAGGAUCGCAAGCCUGUCAUUGCGGGUAUUUCGAAUGGGGCUGUGGGGAGAGCGUUUGAGGUGCAGGCUUAUGAUUUCUUUACACCGCAGCCCGUGAAGGGGGCGAGGGCUUAUUCUUUGCAUUCUAUUUUGCAUGAUUGGUGCGAUAAGGAUGCUGUGCGGAUUCUGGGUAAUCUGGUGCCUGCUUUGGUCAGGAGCUAUUCACGGGUUCUCUUAAAUGAGAUUGUUCUCAGUGAAGCGAAGCCGACGCUGGCAACGACGAGUAUGGAUAUGAUCAUGUUGUCACAUUUUGGAGUGAGGGAGAGGACGGAGGUGGAGUGGAGGCGGAUUUUGGAACAAGUUGGGUUGAGGGUAAUUGGGAUUUAUACUUAUCCUGGUGUUGCAGAGAGUUUGAUCGAGGCUGAGUUGGCAUAA